AUGUUUACAAAUGCAAAACGAAUUGAAGAAAAAACUGGCCGAUUUGGCCGAGGUAGAUUCGAAUACUUACAAGCUCUUGUGACUGAAUUUCAAGAUACACAUAAAGAUGAAUCCAGGGAACAAAUCCUAGCUAACCUAGCUAAUUUUGCAUAUGAUCCAAUCAAUUAUGACUACUUAAGGCAACUCAAUGUAACUGAUUUAUUUAUAGACAUGCUAACAGAAUCGAAUGACAAACUUAUUCAAUUUGGUAUUGGCGGACUUUGUAAUCUUUGCUUAGAUAAAGAAAAUCGCGAUAUUAUAAUAGCCAACGAUGGACUAUCCUUAAUAACUAAUUGCUUAUCAAGUGAAAACGAAGAAACAGUUAUCAAUGCAAUUUCAACUUUAUAUUAUCUAGUAUGUCCAGAAACCAAGAGCAAAAUAGUAAUAGAAUCUAUUAUAGGAUAUAUGGAGAGUUAUGCUUCAUCGAGUAAUCCUCGAAUUGCAAAUCUAGCCCAGAUAUUUCUACAGGACCAUUGCAAUAAAACUUCUUCAAGAUAG